AGGUCGACCAGAAGGCAGAGGACCGCACUGCGCGUGAAUGACAUAUUGUCCUAACCCAACCUUGCGCAGAAAAAAACACAUCGCUACACAGUCCUCCCACCCACGAUGGUUGAAUCAUCAGCAUACUCGCAGAGCCAAAGAAACCCGCACUUGACACGAAAUUUCCGUGUGGAUGAACCCGUACGCACACAUACAGUAUUCAGCUACAAUCAACGCACUCGAAGUCAAGGCUGUCACCAUGGAUACCAAACCAACAAAGGAAAGACGCAAGACACUCUGAAGGGCUCCCAUUAUGAACAGUCUAUGACGGAUGCCCGAAUCGAAGCGUACGAAGACGCCGUCACCACGAAAGCCUGGCACGAUGAGUGGGAGAUAGAACCAGAUGAUUUUGGAACACCUGAACCACUGCUCGUCCUCAACCGACGUGCAAAUAUCGACCUAAGGAAUCACGCUCGGCAGACGAAGUCGACAUAUCUAUGUCACUGGGAUCAAAGCCAUGAACCGCGUGGUGUACUUGCUCAGCGCUUGGCAGAAGCAAACCGAUCUACGGAGAAGGAACAAGCUGGCAUAUGCAUCGGUAAUGAGCAAGAUUUGCAACGCAUGAGAGUGAAGCGCGCUGUGCGGAACGCGGAGGUAAUCGACUUGACAGGAGACGAUACCGUUGGAGAAAGCAAACUCAGGAAUUGUGUCGGUAUCGAGAAUGUGGAGAACUACCCCCCAGGAACUAUGGCGCUACCAUGGGAAAUCUAGAACUGGAUACUAGGUCAAGCAAAAACAGCCUACUCAAAUCUGCUCAGCCUUCGAGUAUGUGAUAAAGUCAGACAGUUUUCGGUUACAUCAGUCAAUAUCGGAAGAGCUGCUAGCUUCACUUUUAAAAUCCUUCCAACUCUUUGCUGC